CUAUGGGUAAGAAGAAGGCGGCCGAAGACUCACCGGAUGUGGCUAAUGUCAUGGCUAUGUUGCAAUCGAAAGGAUUGCUGAAACGGGGUCCCGAUCAGCCCGAAGCUGCUGCCGAUCCGUCGACCCAGAAGAAAGCCAAGGAUCAGCCCCAGAAAGCCCAGGAUCAGUCCACCCAGAAGAAAGCCAAGGCCACCCAGAAGAAACCCGAGGAUGAGUCCACCCAGAAGAAUAAACCCGAGGAUCAGUCCACCCAGAAGAAACCCGGGGAUCAGUCCACCCAGAAGAAUCCCGAGGAUCAGCCCCAGAAGAAAGGCAAGGAUCAGCCCCAGAAGAAAGGCAAGGAUCAGCCCCAGAAGAAAACCCAGGAUCAGUCCCAACCCAGCAAGGUGCCAGCUGCCGAGGCCGAGGCUGAGGAAUCCGAUUCGGAGGGUCCUUUUGUGGAGUGGCCACCUGAAAAGCCAAUCGGUCCGUUUUUGGAGGUGGGGCUUAACGUGAUGGUAGAGUGGUCAAACCUAGACAACGUGUGGAAGGCUUGCAGGGAGUCAGACAGAGAGUUCUACAAAACGCUGGAGUAUGAGGAGCUUUUGCAGAUGAUGGAGGUUGCUGGCGAGGAGAGGCACCCGGGCCCCGUUUUGGAGGUGAACAACUGGAAUGGCAGCCCCAGCCCUGCCACGAAGGAGAAGGACCCGACCGUGAGCCCCGAAGAGGUGAGGCCAACCAACCUGGGUGCGAAGUUCAAUCAUGUGCAGCGGUCGAACUCCGAAAGGUCCCUGACUACUUUGGUGCUCGGUGCCCACAAGGCCAACGAGCAGGCGUACAAGGAUCGCCCACCCUCGGUGGUUGCUGGUGGUGACAAGGGCGAGGCGGCCUAUGAAGGGCUGGUGAGUGCAUCUCAAGUUGGCAGUGACAGCGAUCUACGAAGUCUGGUCACAUCGAUGCAGUCAGAGAUCACUAGGCUCAAGGCCCUGCUGGAUGCGAAGCCGCCGGCUGCCACAACCUCGGCCGAGCCCAAGCGGGAGGAGCAGGAAGGUGACGAGGAUGAUGAUGAAGAAGAUGAUGAUGAGGAGGAGGCUGAGGAAGAGGGUGAUGAUGAAUAUGAAACCCCGCCGCCAAAGGGCACAAAGCCUGCUGAUGAUUCGGUAACCAAGGGCCCAAAGUCUAACAAGGGGCCCAACUCCACUACCCACCGUGCUGCGUGGAUGAAAUUCGGUCGGAGAAUGGACAGCCAGGGCUCAGAGUUCCCCGAAAUGAGCAAGAUGUGGAAUGGUUCGAAAGAAGAAACCUGGAACAGCACGCAGUGUUUGCAAAAUGGCUGGAGAAGGACAAAGAUCGAGAACAUAGUGAGAAAGGGUGGAACCCCUGAUCCCGAUGCUCCUCAGUGCCUCGAAUCCAUCAUUUACCUUUGCCGGAAGAAGACGAACGUGGACGAGUCCGAGAAGGUUUCCCAGACCGGAGAAGUGAAAGCAGGCAUCAAGGCCAGUGCCAAGGCCGUGGCCCCUUUGAUGCAUUUGAGCGGAAUGCCAGCUCCAACGACCUCGGGCAACACCGAUGCAGUUUUGCAGCUUGCUGCAAAUGUUUUGGCUUCGGGCACCAAGUCAGCAUUAAGUGGCGACGCCGCCGCCGCCCCGAAGAAGGCCCCGAAAAGCAAGGCCAAAAGCAAAUCGAAAGCCCUGCUCCAAGCGGCCAAGACAACGAAGGAUCUUUUGGAGGAUUGCAAAGAGCUGAAAAAGGAGUACACGGCGGCCAACAUUUGCUGCGACCUCCCAAAAAACCAUCCGUUGCGAAAGGAAAUGGAGAAGCAUAAGGGCGAUCUGGAAAACCAGAUGGACUUGUUGAAAGAAGUGGAUGACGAGGAGGCCCAGGAGUUCAUUGACAAUUGCAAAGCAAUGGUUGAAAAGGCCCGAAUGACGCGAGCACAGGUUCGUGCUGUGGACUGGACUUUGGGGGCUAGGGCACAGCACCUCUACAUCGAAGGCUCGUCGACUUCUACCCUACGAGAUGAACUGGAUCGGGUGUCACUCGGCUCUCAUAGGUUGGCAAAAACUAUUGGCCGUGGCUAUGCGUCUGUGAAGCAUGCUUCGGAGAUUGGUGGGGCACUGGUUGGUGCAAUGGCCAAAGCUGGUCAUCUUGAUAUGUUGGUCGCUGACUGGGAUAUGGUGGCCCGGCUAUAUGCCUUCGUGACUGGCUUUCGUGGCGACUGGAAAGCACUUCGACAAGCUUUCAACUUCAAUCGGUAUGCCGACCGCGACAAGGCAG